AUGACACAGACAAUCCAGGAACUACUGGCCAAGUCCUCUGCAACCUCACAGCCAACACGAUAUGUCGAUACGGUAGAAGCAUACGACAACUGGGCCGAGGUCUACGACACAGAUGGCAACUUCCUCCAACGUCUCGACACAAUCGAGAUGCAAACACUCCUUCCCAACAUCAUCAAUCUCAUAGACAACCAGUUCAAACCAACCCCGAACUCACCACCCCACCCCAUCAUCCUGGAUCUAGGCUGCGGCACAGGCCGCAACACAAUGUCACUCCUUUCCGCACUCUACACAGCCAAUAGGGCAGAUCGGUUCUCCGUCGUCGGACUAGAUGCCUCGCGCGGGAUGCUAGAAGUCGCCCGGACGGCGGUGGGAGAGUAUGUCAAGAAGACCGCAGCAAUGUCUGAUACACCGGCCUCGGCUGUUGAGCUCGGGAUUCUAGAUCUCCUGCAACCGGAUCUGCGACUUCCGGGUUCGCUGUGUGCUGAGCGCGCUGCGGGUGUGAUUUCGACGCUGGUCCUUGAGCAUAUACCGCUGGAGCGGUUCUUUGCUGCUGCGGCGGGGCUUAUCAGGACUGGGGGGUAUCUGCUUGUGACGAAUAUGCAUGCGGAGAUGGGGAGGAGGAGUCAGGCGGGGGUUUACGGAUGCUUGUGGGGUGAAGAUUCGGCCUACGAGUUAUUGUCAUGA